GUCCUCCGUCCCUCCACUUGUUCAUCUUACCCUCCAUCUCCAGGCCUUCUGUCUUCUCCCGUCUCCCUCUGUCCAUCCAUUCAUCUAUCCAUUCAUCCAUCCUUCCUUCCAUCCAUCCAUCACCUGUCCUCUUGCUUUCUUUUCCUCUGCAGCUAGCCAUCUAUUCAUUCAGCCGGCAGAAUGGUAAUGACAGAUCUUUUAAAACCUGAGGAGAUCAAGAAAGCUCUUGAUGCCUUUUCAGCGGAAACCUUUGACCCAAAGAAGUUCUUUGAGAUGGUGGGAAUGAAGGCCAUGUCAGCUGAAAACGUCAAGAAGGUUUUCCAGGUUCUGGAUGUGGACGGUAGCGGAUUCAUAGAGGAAGAGGAGCUCAAGUUCGUGCUGAAGGGAUUUUCCAAGGACGGCAGGGACCUGACGGAUGCUGAGACGAAAGCGUUCAUCACAGCCGCAGACAAAGAUGGAGAUGGAAAAAUUGGCAUUGAUGAGUUUGAGGCCUUGGUGCAUGAGUAAAAGGGGGGGAUGUCUGAAAUCCCCCCUGCCCCCGUUCUUCUUCCUCUGUCUCUUCGUUCCCUCAUUUGUAAACGCCCUCCUCCACACCCUUCCUGCCUCCCUCCGGACCCCUCUUAUGGAGUCGGGCCAGGCCCGUUCUCUUCGAAGCGCUAACAGUGACGGGCUGCCUGGGAGUCACACCGAAAAGAA